CGUAUAUCUCCUAUAGCAUCAAAUCUAGAAAGCAGUCAGCCGGCGACGGCUAGGUACGAAAACUCACACGAAUCCCGUCUCCGUUUUGUUCAUUAUGUAUGCACAAUACUCACACAGAACAACUGAGCGGUCGCACCGGGAGAUGCAGCAAAAAUCUCGUAUGCACGAUUCGUUCUUUGGUCCCAGAGCUUCGGAGUUUAGACCAGAUUCAGUUGCUACAGAAAUUGUAGACACAGAAUGGGACGAAGACACCAGUGAUAUUGAAGACGAUGAUUCCAACUCGCCCAGAGCGAGUCUUAAUUCGUCCGGUCAACAGAGUGUGACUACACUCUCGUCCUAUGAAGAAGCACAAACGCCGAGGUCGAGCAGGACUCGUAACGCGUUCCCAUUCGAGUUUGAAGUAGUGAAGUCAGUGGAAGGACCGAGGGGGCCGCAUCUGUUCCGAACGUCCAGCACAUCAACAUAUUCAUACGAACUUGAUGAGGCACUCUCGCUUUCACCGAUCACACCCAAGGCUCCCCGACCCGCAGAAACUGAGUUUCGCUUCCACCUUGCACAAGACCCAUUACCAAUUCGAUCGAGGAGCAGUCCCUUCCAGUUCUCCCAUGAGAAUCUAAGUCAAUAUGAUUUGCCCGAGUGGUCCCCUGAGAUGGUCGCGCAAUGGAUGCUCAACGCCGGCGUUGAGCCUACGGUCGCCGGGAAAUUCAUUGAGAACGAUAUUAACGGACAGAUCCUAAUGACUUUGAAGUCUGAGGAUAUGAAGGAACUUAAUAUUCAAUCUUUCGGCAUCAGAACGGCGGUGUGGAGCCACAUCUGUGAGCUCAUCAAGUCAAAGCCUGAGUCGCCUCGACCGGAGACCCCCAUCGAGGACGAAGAGUGCAAAGAGGUCAGGAGGGAGCGCAGGAAACUUGAAAAGUGCGAAGAAGAGGACGUGCGCCCAAGGCGAGGGUUGAGUAAGAAGCAUCUAAACAGACCUUCUCAUGAGGACAUUAUUUCUCCGCUUGAAUCGGUUUCGAUUGUGGGCAUUGAACAGGUUAUGCCAAAGCCUCACAAGUGCUCUAAGGGAGACAACUGUAAAACGUACAGGAGACAACAACGCCUGAUCGAGCAGUUCAUGAAGGAGCAUCCGUUUGCGGAUACCAAUGGUGGUGUCAUUUUAGUCGCAGGCGAUCCCGGAAACGCAGCCACUGCACCAGCUCUCAAUCGCCAACCCUCAACGGAAGCAAUGAGGCCCUUCUCUGAUGUUGUACCAUCGGUAGUUGCAUCGUCAGAUGUUCUCGGGCCUGGAGCCGGCAUUGGACCUUUCCAGUAUCUGCAGGAAGCGACUCUUCGCAGCGUACAACAGCGAGACCCUCAAGACAAUGUCCGGCAAUUUCUCGAAUUCCAACAAGGUGCUUCAGGCACAAGUGAAGUACCGCCAACUCCCCCCUUUGAGAUGUGCCCGCAACCUCAAGCGCCCCAUGAGGGUCUACGCAGCCUGCCAAAGCUAUCUAUCCCUGGGCGACGACCUUCGUUGAAGACACACGAUCGGCGCCCAUCAGGCCUGCAACAGUCGUUCGUACCCUACCAAAUGGACAAGGCGGAAGCUCUAUCCCCAGACCUGCAGACCCCUGUUGCACCUUACCGAUUUGGUACACCAUUCUCUGAUAUGGAUGUGCCUGUUACUGCCGUUGCACUAGGACCUGUUGCUCGCGAUGCCUCCCAAUCAGUGCCACCUGACAUGGGCUACCGAGCUGGCCCAGCUGCCGUGCCAGUUCGAUCUCUUUCGCGUGCAUCCCGCCGGCCAUCCUUCCAAGUCACGAUGGCCCCGUUGCAGGAAAACAUUGCCAGUUCAAUAGUACCCCGAGCGCCUUCGACUCCCUCCCCCACACGUUCUUCCACGCACUCUUCACCACAGAAGACUCCCCCCAAGGCUACCACCCGCCCUGCUCAACAGCCUCUGCAGGCACCUCCCCGGGCACAGUACCCCUGGUCCACAAACCAAUAUUCCGGCCGCUCCAACAGCUUUGACAGCACUAUAAAGGAUGCAGAAGGUAUCGCCUACCAAGGACCCGUCCGCAAGCGCAAGACAAAGAUGCUGCGGCACGAGUGGCACGACCAGUACGCAACACUAAAGGGCACCCGCCUGGCGCUGCACAAGGACGCCCAGGCGCGGGACCGUACACUCGAGUACAUUGACGUCGACGACUACGCCAUCGCGUGCUCCAGUCUAGCCUCCAGCAAGCUAAAUGCAGCCUUCAAGGCCAUAAGCAUUUCGCGGGGUUCCAAGGACAAGGAUGACACCGUCGCGGCCUUCAGCUUCCAGCUGAUUCCGCAGGGCAAGGAAAGUAUCGGUGCACGCUUGAAGAAGAGAGAGAGUGGCUUUGGAUCGAGUGCUCUGGCCGCCGGCCCUGAGGGGGCCAACGGCACAGGCAAGACACAUCACUUCGCCGUCAAGAGCCGCGAUGAAAGAAUUGACUGGAUGAGAGAGCUCAUGCUUGCUAAGGCCUUGAAGCAGAAGGGUGAGGGGUUCGAAGUCAGUGUCAACGGCAACAUGAUUUAGUACUUUUUCUUUUAUUUUAUUUUUCCUUUUAUUUUUUCCUGCUCUUCGCUUUAUAUAGUUUUGGUCGCUAGGCCUAAAGAUACCCGUCCCCUACGGACGUCAUGACUGUUUAGUUUGCGUGCCUGGAAGGAUACGUUUGAUACCACGUCUGGAAAUGAUGAUUUGCUUUGAUUUUGGUUAACACAAGCGGGCAUGGGCAUUUGGGGCGCGGAAUGAGACUCAGGGCAUCUACACUCCUUAUUAAAAAAAGCGUAUAUCAAAGUGCUAUUGCUUCUGAGUGACAACCAUAGCAAUCACUUCGAACUCGCAGGCCGGUCAUGCUCGUAAUGCUAUUUUAGACCGUAGAAAGAAAACUCGCUGGGAGUAAAGAGCCAUCACAAAGGGACGACAUAUGACAUAAGACGGGAUGACCAGGAAUCAACCAAUGUAGAACAGCACUGAGCUAUAGCCAGUGAAUACAGAACCACAGUAUGUUAG